GAGGCGUAACGUUUUGAAAGGCUGUGCUCCGUAGACUGACGCUGGAGAGAGCGGGGAUGAGUUAAGGAGGCGUAAAGGAACAAAAAUAAGGCUUUCGAAAGUGGAAAAUUAAACAAGUGAGUAGUUUUGUUUUGGAAGGAACCACUGGAGGAGUUAAGCGACACUGGGACCAGCAAGGAACCAUUCAACUCCGACCUCCGAUGCAAAGGCUCCAUGGCAUAAAGCCUGUCCUCAGAUUUAGCUGGUCCUUGGGGAUUGCUGCCGAGCUGCUCACCUACUCUGACGCACCGCUGCCAUUUUCCACAGCCUGAGGGGAACCAGGAAGCAGGCGGCAGGAGACAUGCCUGCCCUGGCUACUGGAGCCGGCCACGAGCCAGGCCUGUACGAGCUGCUGGCGGCCCUGCCAUCCCAGCUGCAGCCUCAUGUCAGCCGCCCUGAGGACAACGCCUUCCUUCAGGACAUGUUUGGAGAGAGAAGCCUCCACUCGCUUGUCAAGAUCCAUGAACGGCUGCAGCACUAUGAAGAAAGCAAACCCAUCCCUGUUCUGGACAGCGCUGCAUCUCUGGCCCGUGAACUGUCUGAGGAGCUGGAAGGGAAAUCAGCCAAUGGAGAAAUCAAAGAGCUUCUUACACUACUGGAAAAAACCCACGUGAAGAGCCUUCUGUCCGUCCAUGACACAGUUGCCCAGAAGAGUUAUGACCCUGAACUACCUCCACUGCCUGAAGACAUCGAUGACGACGAGGAUUCUGUGAAAAUCAUAAGACUGGUCAAAAACAAGGAGCCUCUGGGAGCAACAAUAAGACGUGAUGAACACACGGGAGCCAUCCUCGUGGCAAGGAUCAUGAGAGGAGGGGCAGCUGAUAGAAGUGGGCUGAUUCAUGUUGGGGAUGAACUGAAGGAGGUCAAUGGAAUCCCUGUGGAUGACAAGAAACCAGAGGAAAUCAUUCGUAUUCUGGCCCAGUCACAAGGAGCCAUUACUUUUAAAGUUGUCCCUGGUGUCAAGGAAGAGGGGCCAACCAAGGAGCCGAAGGUGUUUGUGAAGGCAUUCUUUGACUACGACCCUAAAGAGGACAAAGCCAUCCCAUGUAAGGAGGCUGGAUUGGCCUUCAAGAAAGGCUCCAUCCUUCAGAUCAUGAGCCAGGAUGAUGCAACCUGGUGGCAGGCCAAACAUGAGGGUGACGCCAAUCCCCGUGCCGGCCUAAUACCGUCCAAACAGUUCCAGGAGCGGAGAUUCGCACUGCGACGACCCAUUGCAACUCUCCCGUUCCAGCGGACAUCUAGCAGACGAUCAUCUGGGUUCAGAAGAAGCUUCCGUCUCAGCAGGAGAGACAAGAAGACCAACAAGUCCAUGUACGAGUGUAAGAAGAGUGAAAUGUACGACAUGGCCGACGUCCCCACGUACGAGGAGGUCACCCCGUACCGCAGGCAGAGUGGAGCCAAACACAGGCUGGUGGUCCUCGUAGGACCCACUGGUGUCGGCAUGAAUGAACUCAAGAGGAAACUGUUGAUCUCUGACCCUCAGCACUUCAGUGUGACCAUCCCACACACCAGUCGGGCCAAAAGGAACCAGGAGAAUGACGGCGUUGAGUACCACUUCAUCUCCAAACAUCUUUUUGAGACCGACAUCCACAACAACAAGUUCAUUGAGUAUGGGGAGUACAAAGGGAAUUACUACGGGACAAGUCUGGACUCGAUACGCUCCGUCCUCUCCAAGAACAAAGUGUGCCUAUUGGAUGUCCAGCCUCAUACAAUAAAGCACCUGCGGACAGCAGAGUUUAAACCCUUCGUUGUGUUCGUGAAGCCGCCGACGCUCGAGAGACUGAGGGAAACCAGAAAGAACGCCAAAAUCAUAUCAGGCAAAGAUGACAAGGGAACCGCCAAACCUUUCAUGGAGGAGGACUUUCAGGAGAUGCUGAGCACCGCCCAGACGAUGGAGACUCAAUACGGUCAUCUGUUUGAGAAGGUUAUUGUCAACGAUGACCUCUCGGCGGCCUUCAGCGAGCUGCGCUUGGCACUGAAGAAAGUGGAGACGGAUACUCACUGGGUUCCAGUCAGCUGGACUCACUCCUGAGACACUACACUGACUGUUUAAGGAGAAAAGGGAAGGGCUUCAAGAGAAAUAUGCAGGUUUUUAUCUUUUUUAUAUCUGCUGCGGCUGGUGUUUGGGGGAUAACGGGAAUAAAACAAGACAGCGCCAGACUGCUGUGUCGCCAUACCUGAGCUGCACCCAGCUAAAAAUAAGCUUUUGCCCGGGAUCAGGUUGGAUUUAGACCUCAGCUGCGGUCUGGAUGUGGAUCUCCAGGUCUGACCAGAUCUGACAGGGUUGCGGCUAAGGGCUCCUGUCCAGAAUAUGGGCCUUGGACAUUGAUCUGGGUCUCAGUCUGGGUCACACAACCAUGGCCACAAGUUGGAGCUUCUUGGUCCAAACCAGAAUGCGGAACGAGCCUGGACCAUCACAGCACCAGCAGUCCUGCCAGCACAUCAGUAAUCUGGCCGACCAGGACUCCUUCUUUAGUGUGUUUAUAACAUUAGACCAUUAGAAACCAAAGGGAUUGACGUAUUUCUUCUUGGUGGACAACUUACAUGCACAUGUCUGUAAAAGAACACUAAGGGGAAAACGAGGAGAAAAGAAAACAUACUUGCCUUCUGUCUUUCUGUAUUUCUGGGCUUCUAAAACGCUUCCAUGACUGCUACUCCAAACAACACUGUCAGGUACACUCAAGAAAGGGCAAUAAGUGUAAUUUUAUUUAAAAGAAAUUAAUAUAUUUUCUAAUAUCUUCCAGUAGUUUUUUUGAAUACUUUUAUACACAGUUCUAGACUUUAAGAGCAACCUGAUCUCGACUGUAGCCGCCUCUGUGACAGAUUUUUUACAUCUCUUCUUUCAGUCAGCUGUUUUGAUUUCAUCUCGCCGGUCUAGUUUUCCCUCUACAAAGUGCAUACAGAGCUAUUUUAUUUAGGUGUUGUAUAUUCCAUUCAGCAGCGUUUUGAAAAGCCACCCUUUAUGUGACGGUGCCCAGCAUAACAGCUUUGCCAUUUAAAGUCCCAGAACUGGACACUCUUGGCUGUCUGCUAGAAGAAAAUGUUCACAAUUGUGUUUUAUUAGGGUGGAGUCUUUAUUUUUACUCACAUAAAAAUGGCUUCAGCGAGGCUGCUAAUAGUGGCUCCAUAGCACACUUCCAGGAUUUUAACUUAAGUAGCCGCUCCUGACUUUAUGAGCAUUAGGAGUUUAUUGCUAAUUUGAGUCACCCAUUCCCAGUCUUACUCAUUUUUUACUCAGUCCUUUUCUUUCUAAGCUUUUAUCAUAGAUAUGCUUAACUUUAACUUCUGGAACACUGAUUUCCAAAGCAGCUCGCCACCGUAGACUGUUACAAGCCUGGUAGAUGGAGGGGCUGCUUUCUUGCUGAUGCUGAGAAGAAGAAGGUGGAUCGGCCACUUUCAGGUCUGUAGGUACAAACCUAGAAUCAUGAGGCCAAACUUUUAGUCUUGCAUAGAGAUUGGAAACAAGGAAGAACGGCGAACCUGCCAACACGUCUGAAGUCAUGGUUUUAAGAAGUUGUUUCUGCUUGUGAACAAGAACCAGGCCACGCCAUAUCUUUCCCCUGGACUGAAUCUAAUUAUAGGUGGGCCUCUGUGGUAUCACCCAUAGGUUUCCUGAAGAGCAGCUUUGACGUUCCAACCAUCACCAUCUUCAACACAGUCUCAAUCACAAAAUGUAUAUCGGUCCACAGCACAAAUGUAUCACAGUAAAGGGAGUAAAACUGUGGGAUGCCUACGUGUUUUGGCCUAAUAUUUUCUACUGGACUGCAUCUACUUCAUGUGUCUCACAAGUUUCUUUCGCUUUGCACAUAAAAACAGCAAAAAAGUCACAUUAGCUGGUAGCAAUAACCACUGGACUGUCAGACAACAGACUGAAGUUUAAGUCCCCAAUGAGUCCAGUCUGUUUUUGUGUUGUAUUUGCACUUUUGUGUUCACUCGCUGUUUUCUAUCAUUUUUAUUUGCUUUUUGCUGCGGUUUACAUGGUAAAACUACUUGGUCAGUCUCAGACAUCAGCAUAUUUUGGGUUAAACUACAGCCUGUGCUCGCGCUAACAACAAAGCUGCAACUGUCUUGGUAGUUCAGAUGAUGAGUCCCACCGCAAGAAUAGUCCUGAAAAACCCUAAACAUUUCAGAGCGUUUGUUUUGGGGUUUUUUUGUAAAAAUAAUACGUUUUGCGCUGUGGACCAACACAGAUUUACAUCAGACAUGGCCGAGGCAGCUCAGUCUCACACUGACCUGCCCUGGCAGUACUUUCACAAGUUUUUUCUUCUCGUUUCCAGUCUGCUAAGCUACGCUAAUUGCCCUCGCGCUCUAGAUGCAUGUUUAACAUACAGACCUGUAAGUGGCAUCAGUUGUUUCACCUAAGUCUCAGUAAGAAAGCAAAUAAGCCCAAAAUGUCUAAAUUAUUACCGUAGUUUUUUAAACUUAGAUAAAACGGCCACCAUAUUGUAGGAAUGUAGGAAUCAAAGCUCAGCUCAGGUUAACAAAUUCUCUUCAUGUGCAUUUAUUUGACCAUUUCUACCUACUGUCAUGUUUGCAUACUUGAUUUCUGUCCGUGUUUUUAAAAGGAUAACGUGAGUGUUGCUGCUGUUCAUUAUAACAGAAGUUAACACAUCUUAAAGGGACUUUAACACCCCUCAGCCCUUUACUUGGCCCAUCGCUUUUUAUUAGAUUAAGCCCCCUUUUCAUACAUUGUUUUCUUUGUCACAUCUGCCGCCUCUUUUAUUGAACAGAAUCCGAUUUGUACAGUCUCCAGAAAAUGUUUUAAAUUUCUUGCUGUAAAUGAUGUGCUGUUGUAUGAAUUGACAUUAUUCUUGAUAACUGCUACGUUUUGUAUUAAAGAAAAUGCAACUAAA